GAGAGAAAGAGAGAGAGAGAACGAAAGAUACAGAGAAAAGAGAGAAGCUUUUCCCUGUAGAAAAGAAAUAAUAGUUCAACUAUUCGUUGAACGAUGAACUCGAAAGAAAGUAUCUCUCUAUCGAGUGAAUGCCGAUUAAAAGUCAUCGGAAGAUAGAUUGGUUAAGGGGUCGAUCAACGUUGGGUCACAUUGAUGAUAUCGUGAGACGGUACGUCACGUCACACAACAGCCACGGCACUAGGAGGAGGAGCGGAAGAAGGAGGCGUGGAGAAGGUGGUAAGGGGAGGAGGAAGAGGAGCUGGAAGAUCAGGACGUAACUCUAGCGGGGAUGAUCUAACAAGUUUCCUCGCAUCGCGGAGAGAUUCGAUAAAACUGCCGAAAGAUACUUUUAUCGAGGAAGACGAGGCAUGUUAUGAAAUUGUUGCCAGCGAUUCAAUUGCCACAAUUACCGCCGGUUUCCGCCGCGAGCGGAUUAACCGGGAUGGAUUCUCGAAUACAACAGGGUAUAACGUUGCCCUUUAAUCCUACGGAUUUACUUUGGCGAUAUGGACCAAGUAUGAACUUUCCACCAACGACGCAUCCGCCACCAAGUCCGUUGCUCGAUUUUAAGACGCACUUGCCUGCAAGCUUAGCCUCCGAUCCGCGACUUUGGUCAAGAGAGGACGUCGCAGCGUUUUUACGAUGGGCCGAAAGGGAAUUUGAUUUGCCGCAAUUCGACAUGGAUAUGUUCCAGAUGAAUGGAAAAGCACUUUGCGUUCUAACGAAAGCUGAUCUUGGAGAAAGGUGCCCUGGGGCGGGUGACGUCUUGCACAAUGUCUUGGCGAUGCUCGCGCGCGAUUUUAAUCAGUUACAAAGGUGCCUUCCCAGUAGUCCAGUAACUCCUACCAGACCGUCGGCAUAUCCGCUUAGUCCUCAUUCGCAUCCGCCUACGCCUACGUGGACAGAAAAUCCAUACGCUAAUCUGGCCACCCUGAUGUCGGCAAAUUCGGUAACUUUGUCCCCGGCACCGUCCAUCGAUAGCCAAGCUGGUUCACCCGGGCACGCCGACGCUAAUCAGAUGCAAAUUUAUAAAAGCGAUUCGGACGAGGACAAUCAUCAAGUAGGAGGAAGUAACAGUCCACCGGCUACACCUACGGCACUCGCAGCGCAAAGACUCAAACUCGAAGUUAGCGUAAAGGAUCAAGCAAGUCCGACGACGUUACCUUCCCAAAUGAUGCCUCUUACUCCGGGUGCGUAUAGGCCGACCGCCGCCGCCGCAGCUGCCGCUGCUGCUGCCGCUGCUGCCGCCGCUGCUGCAGCCGCGAAUACCGCCAGAGAAUUCUUUCCUACCGACUCGUCCGAACCUAAUACCAAUCUUACUUCUAUUGCAGAUGGAAGGCUUUUAUGGGAUUUUCUUCAGCAGUUGCUUAACGAUUCAUCCCAACGGUAUACUAAUUAUAUUGCCUGGAAAAGUCGAGAGACCGGAGUUUUUAAGAUCGUUGACCCUCCUGGUUUAGCACGCCUCUGGGGAAUACAGAAAAAUCAUUUGUCUAUGAAUUAUGACAAGAUGAGCAGAGCUUUACGUUAUUAUUAUCGCGUAAACAUACUUAGGAAAGUCCAGGGAGAGCGGCAUUGCUAUCAAUUUCUUCGAAAUCCAACCGAGUUGAAAAAUAUCAAGAAUAUAUCUCUAUUGCGGCAACAAAUGCUAAUAAAAUCGGAACCGGAGGAGGAGGGAAGCAUUACCGGAAGCGGUCUCGACGCGGAAGCGGACAUGCCGACGGAUCUCUCCAUGUCCAGUAUGAAUCAACCGUUGAGCGAGCAACCUCUACCGUUACACGAUCCACCUACCAAGUACAGAAGUCACGCGUACAAUCUCGUUAAGAUCAGUCAGGAACCGGAAGAGAGGAAGUGACGAGGGUCCUAGCGUUGAUAUCGCGCGACAAAGCACGAUUACAUACGAUACGAUGAUGAUAGCAUUGGGGUAGGGUAGCACUGGACGUUGCUUCUCUCCUUUUAUAACUGGAUAGAUAUGUCUCUGCAAUGAUAUGCAAAGAGACGAAAAAGGAUAACGAAAGGCCGUCCAAUAUGGAGCAAUAUUCCUACGAAAGCCAAGCCAAACCAAGCCAAACCAAGCCAAGCCAAACUUGAGGGGUAGGAUCGAAGAUCUUACUUUUUUCCAAGGGCUAGAUGGAGGAAAAAUGGAAAUCGCUAUUUGGUUACCAAUUCUAGAAUCGACUGGAAUCGAUCCAAGACAUGGAGAUCGAUAAAGUCGUAGUAAGAUAUUUCUUUCUAUGGCAAGCUCGAUAUGCCGAAAGACAUAUCGACAACUUUGUUCACGCGUCGUUCAGAAAUCCAUCGCUUAUUAUAAUAGUACAACAAUGAAAAUAUGAAAUCCCCUUUUUACUACAGUCGGGCCAUAAUGGUGAACAAGAUUUUAGCAGUCUGUGAUUAUGAACGAUUUUUCUCGAAGAAUAUGGGACUCAUGAGAAUGAGUAAAUAUCGUGGGAUUUAGCAUUGUCCAUUAAUGCCUGUUACUCAAGUGCAAUCAGAUAACAUCUAUCGGUUAACGAGCAACAACACACUUCUUAAAGGACAUUCAACAACUUAUUAACAUGGAUUGAAAUUAAGCGUGCAAAAUAUUUUAACAAAAAUUACGUCUAAUACAUAGUUUAGAGUAUCGUCGUGAUUUUUUAAAGCAGAUUUACGAAAUAUAAUAUUUUAAUAAAAUCGAAUAUUAUAUAAUGUGUAUAAUGUUCAAUGAUUACAACGUAAGCUGUAAAAUGGGAGGCUAUUCUCCCAACAUAUCGAUUCUAGUAAAAAACGAAAGAUCUGGAUUGCCUAUUAUUGUAUGUUUCGUAAUGCAUGAUGAUUCGUUAUAACCGUUAUAACCGUCGCGGAAAAAUACUUUAGUUUAACAUAAGCGGUGAAUCGUCGUGUCGAAUCGGUGGACGCUUCAAUGAAGCUUAAAGGUUUGCGGAUAUUCCGCUAAUGUUUAUCCAUAUCUCUUUUUUCAUGAAAACCCUUUUUUUAUUGCGAAACGUUUUAGUUUUACCUUGUCCUCAAAUAUAGAUUAAAUAUGCCCAAUAUAUGCAUAUACACAUAUAUACAUAUGCGUACAAAUGUGUGUACAUAUGUGUACAUACGUGUACAUGAGCGUGCGCGUCGCGUGUGCGUGUGCGUGUGCGUGUGCGUGUGUGUGAAAUAGUAUAAAGCUAAUAAAUCAUAUUAUCAGUGCAAACAUAAUAUAGGAUAUGUGCGCAAUGUCCGCAUUCAUAUGGAAACUUUCUUCGCAAACGAUUUAGCGACAUUCACAUGCAUAUCUCGCAAUCAUUUAAUUUAAUCGUAUAUUUUAAAUUGCUCAACAUUGUUAGUACAAAAAAUAAUUGAUUUUCUGUUGCACAUCUUUCAACGAUUAUAACAUAUGAGAUAAAAAUGAUCGUCGUUUAUUAUAUUUCCUACUACUUUCGUAAUUAUAAAAUUAUUCAAACAAAAAUAUUGUCAAAUAAAGGCUAAUGCUUCGCGGCCUAGUUUAUUUUUAACACGUUGAGCGCCAUGCGAAUUCUUAUGGAUAUCUUCGUCAGGCCACGUGCGCUCUUUAAAAGCACUGAUAUUGCAUAUUGCAAUGCGAAGCACACUACUAACUGAUUGAUAUUUACUCCAUGCAAAUAUGUAAAUAUAU